AUGGCUAAUUUUCUUGUAGAAUCUAUGAUGUUAGCCAUUCCAAAAUCACAUUCCAGGAAGAAAACAACAUGCCAGGAUAAUGAAGGCACAAAAAUAGAUGCCCCUCAAAGUUCUGUCACCUUUGUUUAUCAAACCAAAGUAGCAGAAUUAUUACGAAGUAUAACAAUUUCAUGGUGCAAGGAUCCCACAGAUCAUUUCCUUUCCAUGAUCGUCGACAACACUUUGGAAGAGAACAAGUACACCUGCAAGAUUGAUUUGGAAUCUGGACAGUCUUGGGGUAAAAAGGGUCUCAAAUCAUUUGAAAUAACAGGUGCAAGAGUAGACAUUUUUUGGGAUUUUCGACGCGCAAAAUUCUCUGCCACGGGUCCACAGCCUUACUCAGGCUAUUAUGUUGCCUUGGUUUACAAGAAAGAGGUUCUUUUGUUGUUGGGAGAUUUGGAGAAGGAUGCUUAUGAAAGAACCAAAUCAAAACCAUCCCUAGAUGAGGCUGCCUUGUUGUGCAAGAGAGACAAUGUGUAUGGGAAGAAAAUGUUUUGUACCAGAGCCAUAUUGGAGGAUGGUAAGACAGAACAUGAUGUUGUGAUUGAAGCUUCCCUUUGUGGGCCUGAUGAUCCAGAAAUGUGGAUUAGCAUAGAUGGGAUGUUGGCAAGUAGAAUAAUGAACUUGCAUUGGAGAUUUAGAGGGAAUGAAAUACUAAUGGUGAAUAAUUUGCCUGUGCAAAUCUUUUGGGAUGUGCAUGAUUGGCUUUUCACCAAUGACCUUGGUUUAGGCCCUGCUUUCUUUGUUUUCAAGCCAGUCUUUUUGGAAACUACUAGUGAUUCUAAUAGCAUUGAAUGCCUAGAAAGAAGUGGGGGUAGCAACAAACGUGAAUUACUAGAGGAGAAUUCAUCCACCCAAGGUUUUUGUCAUUAUUUGUAUGCUUGGAGAACAAUUUGA